AUGGAAGAAAAAGAGAAAUCUAAUAAGGAUGAAUCGCCGAAAGAAGAGAACAAAACUAGAGAUAAAAUCAUCAAUAACACUCAAGACGCUGGGCCAUCAAGAAUAGUAAAUCUACCAGGAGCUAUACAACAUAGUCCGAGGAACGUUAUUACAGGAAGAUCCAAAUCCGAGCACAGUAUCAAACCUUACAUCACAAGUGCAGAUGUAGCUAACGCAUUAAAAAUAACGUCAUUAAGUUUCGGCAACCAAAAUCAAACAACGGACAGAGAACUUAAAAUACCAAUGCUAGAUAAAAACGAUGAUAAAGAUGACACAAUAACAUUUAUAGAACUGAAAAAACUUAUGGCGUCCUGCUUCAAAAUAAGCAAAGAUACGAAUGAAAUAGCCAACGUGAAUGUUCAUACCGCUAUCAGUGGUAUAACGAAUGAUUUAGUCCAUAGCAUUCCGAAUGUGAGCCUGAAUAAGGCAGAUAUAAAUGACGUAGUUGUUACCCAAGACUCCAGAUCGAAUAAAGCGCCUGAAAGUAGGAAGAAGAACUCAGGAAAUCUAUCAGAAAAGUCUGAUUUAUUGGCUCAAAGAGACUCCUUAUCGAGCAUUGGAUCAAACGUGUGUAGAAUUUGUAUGACGAGGGGCAAAGAGAGAUUAAUAUCUCCUUGUAACUGCAAAGGAUCAUUGGCCAAUGUACAUCUGUCUUGCCUCCAGCGCUGGCUAAACCAGGUCGGAAGGAAUCAUUGUGAGCUCUGUGGUUUUAGCUACCCAGCCAUCCGUACGCCAAGGUACACCGUACUACAAGCUUUGAGGCUUUGGUUCUGCAACCCACGGAAUAGAAGUCAUCUUCAGACCGAUUGUCUGAUUUUUUGGCUUCUAUCCACGGUCACCGCCGGCCUACUGGCUGUAUGCAUCGUGGGCACGCAGUACUUUAUGAUUGAGGGUAACAAUUUUGGUAAGCUCGACGCGGCUAGGAACGAAGGAUUAUCACAUCGCAUAACAGAAACGGCCAUGGAUUUUUUCAUGGGUAUUGUUCUCUGUGGUUACACUGUGACUGUAUACUUCUUAUGGAAAGACCAUUACGUUAUGUGGAACCGAUGGAGACGAGCUAACGUCAAUGUCCAGUUAUUAUUGAGCCCUGAUUCGAACCCAGUACCUUUCGUCCCGAGAUCUAGAUAUAACAUUGUCUAA